AUGCUAAGAAAGCAGAUAAGGGUAUUAUAUUCACAUAUUGUAGUCGAAACUAGAAACGAGAAAAAAGAAAGCCUUUUCGAUUGUGAUUUACAGAUGUGGACAUUAGGACUUUUGUGGGUAGCUGCAUUAUCGCAUACGAUGAUUGCUGCAAGCCCGUUGACACUGCAGCAAUUCCUAUUGGACCUCUUCAUCACUUUUGGGCCAAUACAGGAUUUAGAGGCGGAGGCGUUCCUGCUGUCGCGCGACGUGCGCGCCGCCCUGGCGCUGCUGGCCGCAGUGCCCCAGCGCGCCCUGGGCCGCGUGCGCGUGCACUGGCUGCUGGAGCUCGUGCGCCCCGCCCACGCCGACACCGGCCGCGCCCGCCGCCGCGGACGCCCCGUGAGCAGCAGCACCGUCUCAACGCUGCUCGAUGCCGUGGAUGGAGGAAGAGGAGAUGACAUCGGAAUGCAGCGGCACGGAGGAGGCGGGGUGGGAAAAGGAUACUUUGAGGCUAACAGCACAUCCAGAGGAGGACCUGGUGGUAAGAUCGGAAAGAGGCAGCGUGGUGACGCAGGGGAUGGUGAAAGUGGUUUUUACGGAAGUAUGGGUUCCGUUCGCGAUGAAACUGACGACGAUGUCGGUGGAAGAGAGGAAAGGGACAUUGGGCACCAUGUUGCAAUGGCGCAUCUUGGAGGGGGCGGCGAGAGACGUGGAGGUCGGAGCCACUGCGGUGGUAAGAUUGAAAAGGAAUUACAUUUAGAAAACAGUAGCCUUUGCUCAGUAAGCGAGGAUGCCCGUGAGGUCGGAAGUCUGUCGGAAAGACACGGUGAACACAUUACUGCGGGUCGUGGGGAUGAGAUAAGUCGGGGAGGGAAGGGCGAUCGUCAUGGUAAGAAUAUCGGUUUGAAAGGCAAAAAUCGCGACCGCAGCCCCGAAAGUUUUCCUUCGUUCGCACAGAAGGACCGAAAGAAAAGCACGAAGGGGAAGCUCAAAGCGAACGCCACCCCGGGUGGAAUGUCCCCCAACAACAAGCGCGUCCCCGCCAAAAACAGCAGCAUCAGCGACGUCGUCGAGGUCCGGCCUCGCCGCGGCGUGGGAGAGCUGGACUGGGCGCAGCUAGACUCGCUCCUGGACUGGAUGCACGCACGCGACCUGGCGCUGGGCUUCGAGCUGAUGGGCAACCCGGCGGGCCGCUUCCGUGACCUGGCGCGCCCCGAGGAGGCCCGCGCCUGGCGCCGCUUCGUCGCGCGCCUGCUCCGGCGCUACCUCGACCGAUAUGGAUCGGAGGCCAUAGCACGCUGGAGAUUUGAAACGUGGAAUGAACCAGAUCUACGGAAGUACAACACCCUCAAUUUCACUUUACCAGGGUUCGCGCGCUACGCCCGCGCCAGCGCGGCGGGGCUGCGCGCGGGGGCGCGC